GUGUACAAUGUAUCGUGACUGCAUUAUGAAAGAUACAAAAUAAAUCCCAGACGCAACCAAAAUCCGUGCGGAAAGUGUCGGCGGAAACGGCUCAUCUGGCUUUGUUUUACUCUCCGUCCGUACGCAGGAUUUUUUUUUUGUUUGUUGUUGCAUUUCAAGGGAGACUUGUUUGUUUCAUUUCAAAAGAAAUUGGGGAAAACCUACGUUUGCGAGAGAGAGGGGGCGAUGUAUCCACAAGCCAGGCAGUCGGCUCCAUCACAGUCAGCACAACAGUUGAAGUUUACUACCUCGGACUCGUGUGAUCGAAUCAAAGAUGAGUUUCAGUUUCUGCAAGCACAGUAUCACAGCCUCAAGUUGGAAUGUGACAAACUGGCCAGUGAAAAGACAGAAAUGCAGCGCCAUUAUGUCAUGUAUUACGAAAUGUCUUAUGGUUUGAACAUUGAAAUGCAUAAACAGAUUCAAAGCAUCGAUUGGUUGCUGGUCUCGAGGGGUAAUCAUAGGAUAUAA